ACUUCCUCUGUAUCUAUAUAUGUUUUACUGACAUAUCCUCUGAUUAUAUUCUAGCUCAAGAUCAGGAAAUUUUUACCACUUCCAAGUACGUUUAGAGAAAUGAAAUAUGAAGAUUGAUUUUAAGAGUUUGUGUUUAAUAAACGUGUGUUUUCAAGUUUGGAUUGUAACAGAAACACAGGGGCGACCAGGAUUCUGUGGCACUAACAAACCAGUUGUACGUAUUUGCCAUGGUGGCGAGUUGUUCCUGCGGUCAAGUGUCUUCAUUGAUACAUCACGUGUUCCGAAGAAUCAACAAAGCUCGUGCGAGUGUACCAUCUCACCGGCUGCUGAGAGGGUCCAAUUAGUAUUUUGGUACCUCGAUGCAUUAAAUGUAUCAGGCAUACAAAGUAUACAAUUUGAAAUCAACGGUAUUGUGCUGAACAGUUCGACAGAAUCAAGACGAACUAUAUUAAAUGAUGAAACGAAACUUACUUUCUCCACUACAAAACAGUUCAACAGCAGAGGAGUCUGCCUACGUGUUGCAACAGAUCCGCAGCAGUACUCCAGUUCAGAUGUCGAUGGUUACUUUAACAUAUCUUGCGCUGAACAAACCUCCAGAACAAUACAGGUGGAUCUGGGCACUCCUACUCCUCUUGCAGUUUCAAUAGUGUUGUCUGUGACUGGUGCAUUACUUCUCAUAUCCGGAGCAGUCAUACUUCUUGUUAUUGUAAAAAGAUAUCGGCUGGCAAAGAAAACAAUUCGAAAUGAAAGUGAACAUCCGCCUUCGUCAUCAGACUAUACUAGCCAAGGUCAAGGACGAAAUAACUACAAUUCCGGCGAACAGCAUUACCUCGCGAUGACAAACAAAGUAUCUAACGUAGGCAAAAAUGGAGAGUACGAGAUGGUUGGUGUAUGCAAAAAUCGUCAAUUGCAGAAACUGGCUGAGGAUCAAGGUCCGGGACAGAAGAACAAUAUGUCACAUAUCUAUGUAAGCAUGCACUCGCCGCUCGAUUUCCGCGGAAGUAGCAGAACUAACGUGACAGUUCCUGAAGGAAUUGAGCUGAGAGAUAAGGAACGUUAUGCGGAGCAUUUUUACGUGAAUAAAAAAUGACGACGACAUGCUCCCAAUCUAUAUAUUUUCACUAUACGUAUACCGAAUAGUAUUAUGGCGCUUUUAUUUUUAGCAACAUGUAAAUCAAACUUAGGUGAGUUCAGCUGCGCCCUCGUGAUAUAACUCCUUCGCAUCUAAACUCCAAACAAUGGUCUUAUGACAAAUCACUGUUUGGGAUAUAUCAUUUCAUAAAGUAGCGUUCCCGUUUAGAACAAAAUAUAAACGAAAUUCGAUCAAUGCUUAGGGGAUGAGUGAAAGUAAGUGACCCUUCUCACGUAGUCUGGCUACCGACUAGAUAAUCUUUUUUUUUUAGAAAGAAUAAUUCUGUUAUAUAUUCUGACUCAUCUGAUUAUCGUAUGUUUUGAGAAGACAAGCGACAUAAUUAUACAAAAUUUGAAUAGCCUCAGGAGUUAUCUCCUGUGAACAAAACACAGGGUCUGAACACAGACGGUUCGCGGUUCGAAUUUUGCAUCCGUCGAAAAACAUUUUUGCACUACAUAUAUCUUGUUAGUUUUUUCCUGGUUUAUUUCCGUAUAGUCAGGAGUAUCUUUAAAUUAGGCAAUAAAUGUACCAAAAUUUAUAACUUGGCGAUGAUAUUUAAUAUGAAGUAUCAGAUCGCCAUAACGUCAGUAUCACAGGAGAACUUAAAGAAGCAUUUCAUUAUACAACGCACAAAGGCAAAGUGUAUUUAAACAUUAUUUCGUGUGUUUAUUUUCUGGUAAAAUGACAUUCAAUUUUAAAAAAUAAAAAAUAAAGACAGUAUGUAAUUUUAAAGUACUUCAAGCCCGAAGAGGGGUGCAUUACCGCUCGUUCACACAGGCAUUGACGUAGUAUGUAUGGACCCAGUCUUAUGUAAUUUGUUUGUUUACAAUAUUUGGUAAUUUUUUGCUACUUUUUACCGGCCUUCUCCAGGUUCAUACUUGCCUCAUCUAACAGGGUAUCAUUUUAAACGUAAUGUCAGUUUUGCUAGUUCUUAUUAUGUUAGAUGUGUCAUUGUAUAUUUCUUUUGUACACUGUCAGCUGCUGUAUUUGUGCCUUUGUAUGUCAGUAUUGGCUUUUUAGCCUAUUUGAUUUGAAAUACAAAUGUCUGUCUGUCUGUCUGUCUGUCAUGUUAGAACGCCAUUAUACUGUGCGUUACCUAUAACUUGUAUAUUAUAAACAAUGUCACUCGGUGUAAAGCAAUAAUGGCCCGUCUAUUUAAUCGUUAUUGAGAUCAAGGACAUCUGUUUAUUAAGUUCUUCCUGCACCAGGAAGUUAUAUAUGUCUGUCUGUUCUUUCUGAAUAUAACCGUAUUCUUUUGAAAGGAUGUGACAUCAUUUUCUUUCAUUUUAUUCUUCAUUGUUAUUCAGUGAUUUUAUUUCCUUGUAGAAGGCACUGAAAUCAUUUUACAGCAUAUAUCAUUUUUACGUC